AUGUUCCCUCCCGGCGUAGCCUUUGCCCUGCUCACACUCCUGCUCCUUGGCGCAGCCAUCACCCUCCACAUCACCAGCGCGAACCUCUCCCUCCCCAUCGCCCCCAACCUGACCCUGACGACCAUCCUCCUCCCCCUCCUCGCGGCCCUCAACACCGCCUUUCAGCCGCGUCUCCUCCAAGCCGCCCGCACAACACGCUCCCCGGUCGAGCGCAUCCUGCCCCAGGCCCUGCAGUCGCUCCAAGCCAUCCUGACGACGGCCCUCGCAACGCUCCUCCUGCAGUCCACCACCGCGUCAGCCCCCCUCCUCGACUGCGCCCUCGGCUCAACCUGGCAGCGCCUCUUCCAAGCCAAAGACGCCCCGCACCUCCGCGCCAUCCAAGACGCCCUCGACUGCUGCGGCUACCGCUCGACGCGCGACCGCCCCUGGCCGUUCCCGACCCGCGAUGUCGACCCCGGCCGCUGCGGCGUCCGCUUCGACCGCCAGACCGCCUGCGCCGAACCCUGGCGCAACGCCCUCGGACGCAACGCCGCGCUCGGUCUCGCCAUCGUGCUCGCCGUCGCGGCCAUGCAGAUCGCUUCACUGGCUGUGGCGCGAGGGGCGGAGUCCUGGCGGGAUGCAUGGUGGGCGCGUCGCGGCGGGUGGUGGUGGCGGGGCAGACGGCGUGGGCUUUCGUCUCCUGGUCGUGAAGGUGUUGUGCGGCCACUGCUCGGGGCGCCCGAGGCAGGGGACGAGGGGGCUGAUUCGGAUGUGCCUGUGAGCUAUGGGGAUUUGUCGCCGACGGCGAGGCCGCGGAGGGGCAUCGACGAUGGGGUCGUGGAGAAUGGGUCGCGGGUGCAGCCGUCUUUGCUGGAGACGAAUGCGUGGGGAGGGGAGUGA